UCGACGGGACAGAUGUGAACGGAUGCGGCUGUGCAUCGGCCGGUGGAUUCUGUGGCUGCGGAUUAUCAUAGAUGCUGUGCUGUCACAUGUUGUUCACCUGUGUGCUUCGGUCGUAGUGUGUUCCACAUCGAGGGUAUGACGACAAAAACAGAGGAUUAACGUUGUUUCUUCGGGUCGGUCAUUUCCGUGGAACAAGGUUCCCCGACAACCACCUUGGAUGAGGCUGGAAGCAUGACGGUGAACAUGCCACAGCAAUGGACACUUCCCACCAGGCAUUCUAAAGUUGAUGCUAUGAGUCCUCCUGCCAGCAUCCAGGCUACGUGAACUAGUGCCAAGACUACCCCCCACCUUCUCUGAAGGACCGUACAAGAUGGACCACCUCCUAAAAACCUUCCUGGUCCUGGUGAGCCUGCUGUCUUCAGCGCGGGCUUCCUCCUGUCCACAAGCGUGCGUCUGCAAAUGGAAGGGCGGCAAACAGACAGCCGAGUGCGUCAGUAAGGGCCUCUUCUCCGUACCCGCCGGUUUGCCGCCCGGCAUCCAAGUGAUCGACCUGGAGAAGAACAACUUCCACUCACUUCCUUCGAGAACGUUCCAGGAACGCGGUCUCGUCAACCUCCAGAGGAUAUUCCUCUCCGAGUGCAACCUGGGACGCAUCGCUGCCGAAGCCUUCCACCAACUCACCAACCUCAUCGAGCUCGACAUCAGUAGAAACCUGCUGACCUCAGUUCCGACGUCAGCGCUGCACGGAGUGCCGCACCUCCGCAAGCUCCAGCUGAGCGGUAACCCAAUUGCCGCGCUGGAGAACGGCAGCUUCGCCGGACUACGUCAUCUUACUUACCUUCAUCUGUCCAACUGUCAGUUGACCACCAUAGAGCUGGGCGCAUUGGAUGGUUUGGACGCGCUCGAGUUCCUCAUGUUGGACGGGAACCGGCUGGCUACCUUACGGGCCGAGUCGGUGUCCGUGCUGCCUCGGCUGUCGACGCUCUACCUAAAUGGCAACCCCUGGCGGUGCGACUGUAGGCUCAGUAGCCUUCGAAGGUGGAUGGAGGCGAGGAAUAUUCCGCUCAGCGUCCCUCCGCGCUGCGCUGAGCCGGAUAGGCUGGAAGAACUCUCCUGGGAAGGAUUGCCUCUGGAAGAGUUUGCGUGUAUGCCGGAGAUUGCGCUCACCGCCGAUAUCUUCGUAAACGUUGAGGAGGGACGCAAUGCUACGCUCACGUGUAGGAUACACGCACAACCUGCUGCUAUUAUUCGGUGGGAAGCAGCCGGCUGGUCUUCCUAUAACUGGACGGGUCCGGAGCCCGAACGCUUUCGCGUCCACCAGGACCAGAACGGACCCUUCCAGAUAAGCUCCUUAUUUAUCUCCGCCGUUGGCAUGGACGACAGCGGCCUCUUCGUCUGCUCGGCCGAGAACAGAGCCGGACUCUCUUCCACAAACUUCACCUUGACGGUGUUCCGUCCUCCAGCCGCCGUCGCCAGUGGAUUAUCGAAAACCCAGAAGGUGGGCAUCGUACUCGGCAGCUUCAUGGUCGUCGUCAUCCUGGGCGUCCUGCUAUGCCUAGUCAUCGUGCGUCAGCGAGCCAUCGCCGCAGCGGCGGCCUCCGACACCAAAGUUCCUUCCGGCGUCAACUUCCUCAAACAACUGACCGUCAAGAAGGCCGAAGUCGUGGAAGUGACCACGCCGACAAAAGCUACGGAGUUUUCCGAGAAGCCGCCGCCGCCUAGGCACGAAAACGGAAGCUCCGGGUACGCUUCCGACCAGCAACAUACUCCAGACCUGGUGAGUAAAAGCACCGGAAUCUCUGGCUACAGACUAGCGCCUUUGGAGCCAGACGUCUAUGGAGGCAUAGGCAACGGCUACGCCAAUCCGGCCGAUUCCAGUUAUCGACGGUACGGGCCGUGCGACCUUAGCGACUACGCCUUGGGACCUCUUCCCGAAGAGACGUACUCCAACGGAUCCACAGCCCAAUUACCCUGGCGGGAAGACCCUUACUACAGUGACCAAUCCAGCCCGACGCAUCAAAUGGGCAGUUCUUCAGGAGUACCUCAGCAUAGUGCACAACAACCGAAGCGAAGUUUGCCACAUCAUGCUGUCCAUCUACCUGUCGAGGCGAGGUAUUCCCCGGACGAAGGGUACGCCGAAGGCAACUACGAGGGCACCGAAGUGUGAAUGUUUGGGAAAAAAAGGAAGAGCUGGGAUCUAUGCCAAAAACGUAAAAAUCCAAGAACAGACACGUUGCGUCUCUACAACGCUGGUCUGCGCUGACUUGAGUACGGUGACUAGAUGGCAUCCGGGUUCUUACGGGAUGUUCUUACUACAAGAACGAGGAACUCAAGCGGAGCACGGAUUGGCGCAUCAAUAGUAUGAAGGAUAGAUACCUUUUUUGUGUACAGCCCAGAAAAAAGACUGCAUACAAAACUGCAUCGAUGAGGAAGUCUCGCUCUGUUGAGACAUGUGGCGCGCAGUAACGGCUGACAGCGUGUGGAGCAGGCCGAGAGACCUGAAUGUCUUUCCUACGGACUCAUUUUGUGAAAGCUGACCGUGUGUUUGUGCGUGUCAAGAAAAAACUCGGGCAGCAUGUUGUGCUGAAGAACACAUGGUGUGAACUGAAGCAUCCUGGUGGUUUUAUACCCUUCCUGUAGAGGCGUAUAUGUAACACCUAGCUUGAAAGAGAUAUUGUAAUUAUGUUCCUGUACCAAAUUUUAUGUUGCAUUUUUUUCUCAGUGUACCUAAAGAGCAUACCGCCCACCGGCACGUGUGGAACACCGGUGCAAUGAACACGUCCCUUAGGGGGAAAAGGAGGUUUUUCUCAAUCUGAAUGAAGUUUAAACGUGUCAGUAUCAGUAUUUAUAUGAGAUGCGUAGAUUCAGCCUGCACGCAACACCGCUUCCCCUUGUUUUUACGCGAGACAGACCAAAGGAAAUAUGCCUUUGAAAAUGGCCCUGAAGGCAGAAGGAACCUUCCUUGUUUUGUAGGUCUGAGGAAAUUUACAGACUUCAUACCAGAAUUCAUAUUUGGGGUACCGUACACAAAAUGGAAACAACGACCAGUGCAUUCCACAGGGUGUAACAGCAAGGAGGCCGCACAAAUCAUACGCGAUGUACAGGGAUGAUACAUUCCACGCGAGCAAUACUGGGCGGACUGGUAUUUUACCGGUACACGCACACUGGAAUGUCGAUGAUAAUCCCCUGUCGUAAGGCAUACUAUAUUGAUAGGCCGGUUACUUGGGAUGCGCGCCAAAGCGACUGUUUCAUCGGUGAAUCUUUUACGUGAGCAAACCUCUUUUCCUUUUGUGCAUACCCCUUCUUGUUGAAACAUACCCGUUAAAGACCAAAGAAUCGGAAUCGCGGGUCGAGGCAGACAAACAAGACUGCUUUCCGAGUUCCGCAUGAUUAGUUCAUUGCAGGGAAGCUACCAACAAUAACUUAUGAACUAUGUCAUGGUUCAUAACUGUCAUGUCAUUCUCCCUAUUAUUAUUUUUCGUCAACAUCAACAUCGAACAUGUCAUGGUGUGUUCCUUCAGUUUCGACGGUGUAAAACACAGGAGCUGUACCUUGUGGUUGUAUGUUUUUUGAGUAGCGUACUCGAUGAAGAUGGAAAGCUCGAAAUUCUGGGAUACGGCUUUGUAAUGUUAGUGCGGGUCUUCAAGUAUUUUAGUUGUGCCCGGAUGAAAUCAGGCGUCUCACAUUUUACAGGCAGCUUCUUCAGGUUCGGUUGGGAUGGGUGUUUAUGGGAGAAUUACCCAACGAAUAAUCAUUCAGAGAUUCUUCCGCAUAAUUUUCCGUAUUCCCAACGAAGAACCGCGUCAUUUUUCAACGGUAUCUGCCGUUCGCCAACCUAACGAGUUAUCGAUCUCGUAAGACCAAAAAUUUCGAAUCGCCGACUAUUUUUAGUGCACUUCUAAAAAAAAUCUAAACCUCUCCGCUAGCAUUACACCGCUAACUCCUCCGUCUAUUAGAGUUCCGAACCGUAUACAGCAAUCCAAACACACCAAUCAGGUGCCGAAAAUAGGUCAAUGAGAACAAUGCUCAAUCAAGAGAAACGCAUUUUGAGCAACUGGUCAAUCUUCGAACGAGGUUCUUCUUUUCCCACGCAAAAAGAAAACGGAAGCUUUGACGCAACGAACGCGUAUAUGUUAUUACAAAGAGCGAUUCCUAAUGCGAAUAUCAAAAAUGCGUACGCCGAAAGAGAAAUAAUGGCUUUGGACAAGAAUUUAAACUCCGUAAAAAGCUUCCAAUGCAGUCGUCGAAAAAAGCCCCCCCCACCCCCCGAAAUAUAAUACAUCUAUUCCCCUUCCCGAAGGAUUCAUUGGGCCGUGAAACAGCAACCGCUCCGGUGCACUUUCCCCGCUAGCGACAAGACAUUAUUCUUUCGUAGAAUCCAGUCGUAAGACAUCCAACAUUUUUUUCCCCCCUUUUAUUUCUCUAGGUUUGCACGACAGCCAACAAAAGACAAGCCGACUGUAUGUAUGUGUUUAUCCUGAUAUGUGUGGAUAUAUUUAUUACCGCAAAGGUAUUCCUUUGUCGUGCGAAAAAAAAAAAUACACGCUAAGACAAGGACUGAUACGCAGUACUGUGAAAAAAAAACUGAAAAGAACAAUAAAAGUGUUGCACCGGGUUUUAAUAAACAAACAACAAC